ACUUUAACUUGAUCAGCUAUGCGCUUGAUGAAGCUAUCUUUUUAGUAAUCAUAGUAGGAUCGAAAGUGACAUCGAAUUCUUAUAAACUAACUUGGAUCAUCAUGCCGCGAUAUGGACAGCUUGUUAUGGGCCCAGCAGGUAGUGGUAAGUCAACCUACUGCAGUAACAUGGUAAAGCAUGCUGAAAUGUUGAAGAGAACAAUCCAUGUGGUGAACCUGGACCCUGCAGCCGAGUACUUUGAUUAUCCUGUUCUUUCUGAUAUUCGAGAACUCAUACACUUAGAUGAUGCCAUGGAGGAUGAGUCUUUGAGAUUUGGUCCAAAUGGGGGUCUUGUGUUCUGUAUGGAAUACUUAGCACAAAAUUUUGACUGGCUACAAGAACAACUGGAAGAAGUUGAAGAUGACUACAUUAUAUUUGACUGUCCAGGUCAGAUUGAAUUAUACACACAUAUCCCUGUGAUGCGACAGCUUGUUGAAACUCUACAGAAAUGGGACUUCCGAAUUUGUGGUGUAUUUUUAGUGGACUCUCAGUUUAUGAUUGAGCCAUCCAAGUUCAUAUCAGGAAUUCUUACAGCUUUAUCCACAAUGGUGAACCUUGAAAUCCCCCAUGUGAAUGUCAUGACAAAAAUAGAUCUACUUAGUAAAAAGGCCAAAAAAGAGCUUGAAAGAUACUUGGAGCCAGAACUACCCGUACUACUGGCAGAGGAGUUUGAUGACAGCAGAUUGAGUCAAAAGUUUAAGAAGCUAAAUAGCUCAAUUGCAAAAAUGAUAGAUGACUAUAGUUUGGUGAAGUUUCUACCAAUGGACAUCAGUGAUGAGGAUACUAUCAAUGAUGUACUUAUUCAGAUAGACACAGCCAUUCAAUAUGGGGAAGAUUUUGAACCAAAAGAGAUCCCGGACAUGUUGGACCCAGAGGAGGGUGGGGACUGGGACAGCGGAUUUGACGGGUGAUAACAAUAUCUGAUCACCUGGGCAGGUACACUUUGGUAGACAAGAACCAAUAGCUGGCCUCGGAGGUUCUCUAUACAGUGGCAGGAACUGACUUAACAAGGUUGUGAGGUGUUUUGAGGAGGAAUGCUACCACAAAGAAAUCAGGAAAUCCUGACAAGAAAGUGGAUCUUUGACCAAAACACUUAAGUUUCACUAACAUUAGUGUGUUUUUAUAUGUUUACAGGAAUACUAUAUUUCUGGGAUCCAUUUUUCAUAUACAUGUACGGGUGUAUAUUCAUAUGUACAAAUGAACAGUGUUAUAAAAUUUAUGUACUGAAUUAAAGUUUUGAAAUGUUUGACUGUACAGCUUUCUACAUUGUACAUCUUAUUCAAUGGUAAUAAUUGUUACAUCAAUUGGAUUAAAAUUGUAGUUCUUAAAUUUUUAAUCAAGUA